AUGCUUCUUCCAAUCGAACCAUUCUAUGAUGUUCUGUUUACUAUUCUUACAUCCACUUCUUUGGAUCCUGCUGAGAAAUGUGAGGCUUUGCUGGAUGCUGUUGAAGUUUCUGGUGCUCUCGGUCAGCAGGAUGCCGAGUUGCUGGUUAGAGCUUUAUUAGAUACUCUUGAAUCUAGAGGUCCAGACAGUCUUUUAUGUGAUAGUACAGAUAAUGAAUAUACAGACAAUCUUUGCUAUUACACUUCAUUCAAGUCCUUAGAUUCUACUAUUGGUAGUAAUAGUAGCGGACUUGGUCAUGAUCGGCAAGAUAUCACAACUAACGAUGGAAUUCGACGAGUUCCGUACAAGCAACGGCAAUAUCCAUUCGCUCCUCAUUCUGCAUUAUCUUCGUUAUCCCUCACUUCCCCAACUGCUACCACCACAUCUUAUCCGAGCUUUAUGGUGUCCAGCAACUCCACAUCUAGAUUAUCUUCCAAAGAACUCAAUUUGGCUGCGCAAGAAUUUACUCCUUCAUAUCCUACUGGGUGUUUAUCACAAACCGAUUCAUAUUCUCGAUCCGAUUUGUUAGAUAGCACUGGAUCCACGCACCAUGUCCUACAAUCCAAUACUCCUGAUAUUAUUCGAGAUAUUGAUCCUUUAUUUGCACGCAUUGACAUGCAAGACUGUACUGAAACUCCUCAAUCUUACUCGUAUGAUUCUCCCGAAUUUUCAGACUCAUUAGAUUUAAAACAGGAUGUUGACGAGGCUGAAAACGCUUAUUGGGAUCUAGAAGAGAGUCAGCAGUACAGCACGCUUGAAGCACAUGACGUUCUCCAGUCCAUAUUUAUCAACAUACCCAUAGAUCAUAUCAAAGCAGUUCUGGAAGCAAACAUGUACAAUAUUGAGAGCUCAAUGGAUUGCUUGCUAAAUGAUUCAGGAACAAUUGGUGCAGUCCAUUCAGCUUCAGAACCUCGGACUUUUGAAUCUAAUCCAUCCAUGUGCACAGCAUACGAUGCCUCUGUUUCUGAAGCGCCGUCUACUCCUGUCAUACAUUUAGCUACAUCAAAAUCACGAGAACCAAAACAGAUUUGUCGCCAUUUUAUGAUUGGACAAUGCUAUCGAUCUGAUUGCUGGUACUCUCACGAUCCUGAUGCACUUGUUUGUAAAUUUUGGCUUCAAGGCCGAUGUUUUAAAGGGAAUAAUUGUGAGUUUGUUCAUGGUGAAGGACUCACUGGUUUCGUAGCAUCUUCAUCAUUGGGCAGUGGAGCUGAAUCUGCCUUUUCUUCAUCACAAACUAGCGGGAAUGUAACUAUCAAUAGUGCUCGAAAAACAAAAUUUGGAGGAGCGUCUUACUUUGGAUCUCCUACCUUGAAUGAUACUGGAUCUUCUAUUACCUCUGCUCCAAUCGAUCUUCAUUUGUCUGCCGAGGAAGAGUUUCCAUCGCUGGGAUCUGUUACUAAAAAUUCAUGCCAUGUCAUUCCAUCUACUCCUGCUCAAGGAUCUAGCUCUAAACCGACUGCUGUUUCAAAGAUCAACUUCUGGAACCCUACCGCAAAGUAUAAUGAUGUGACCAAAAAGGCGGCUAAUGGUUCCAGCGGACAGGAAUCUAUCAUUGACAAGGCUUUUAAUGGUCGAAAAACAAUAUUGAUUGGUGGAUCUGGUGCGUCGUUAAAACCUGCUAUUUUUUCAAACUCACCACAAAUUGUAUCAACAGAAAAGGAGAUCCCAUCGUCUUUAUCGGCACAUGCAGGAACUGGCGGUCGAGUAUACGUGAAUUCCAAAUGGUUGAGUACAGGCGAUACUUUGGCUGCUUCAUAUGCAGAGUACCGCCAAGAAGCCAUUGACGUUGCUAUCCAUCGUAAUCAACUUUUUCAACGUGCAACGGAUGCUUUUCUUUCAGGUAACAAAGCGGCUGCACGAGCCCUGUCAUUGUCGGCAAAGAAACUCAAUGACCAAGUGGAGCAACUGCACAAUAUUGCAGCCCAAAAGAUCUUUUUAUCUCGAAAUGCACACAACUCCCCAUCACAAUCAUCAUCUACAACAAGUACAAAAGGAUUGACGGGGACGCCCAAAUCCCAGCCAUUUAAAAAGCAACAGGCAUCAAUUGUGAAUCCAAUUGAGCAUCAUUCUUCCCAUAUAGUAGAUUUACACGGACUGCAUCCAUCAGAAGCAUGCACGAUGCUGCAAUUGUCAAUUGAUAAUCUUGUUGAAUCAAAAUUUGUUGGAGACUUGAUUAUUGUUACAGGUACAGGACACCAUAGUCGGACACAAAAAGCUAAAGUAUUGCCUCAUGUCCGAUCAUAUUUGCAGCAAGGUGGAUGGCGACCGAAAGAUGGAACAUUGCAUGAUCGACGGGGAGGUAUACUUGUUAUUCAAAUAAAAUAG